AUGGCGUCAACCACACAGGCGAUUUCGUUAUGGAGCAUUUUCACGUUAUUGUUGUUCCUCACCACAUCGGCAUUUUCCCUGCCCACCAGUUUACAGAUUUCGCUUCGAAUGCACGACAAACAUCUCCUGCCCGCCUGGGCCCAGGGUCUCAUCCCACCACCGAUAGAUCAUAAUGUCCAGGACAAUGACGACAUUCCUGUUCGAAUCGACUAUCCAACAAUCACACCUGUUGACGCCGAUGGAAUGCCAACUGGAGCACCGUCGACCCCUACGAAUUUGUUGAUCCGGCUGGACCAGGAUCGUAGGUGA